AUGACGGUCUGCCAGAAGCAUUCUGCGUUUAUUCUUGCAAUAGCCCCAGUAGCCUCUGACCAUGAGCGGCUCGGCUCAUUCGACGCAUCAGCACUCCCUGGAGAAUACCAGGGCUGCGACAUCGACGAUAUAUCCAUUUGUGAACGGAUGGUUAACAUUGAAGUGCUUUCAUUGAGCGUUAACCGCGUCGAAACGCUGCAGCCUCUACGCAACUGUACCCGAUUAGUGGAAUUAUAUUUAAGGAAGAACAAUAUCGAAAGCCUGACCGAGCUCGAGUAUUUGAAGGACCUACGCAAUCUUCGAGUGUUGUGGAUCGACGAAAACCCGUGCACCCGAUCGGGCGACUAUCGCCACCGCGUGCUGCGAAUACUCCCUCAGCUGACGAAACUCGACGACAAGCGUGAGUUCCUCGUCUUAUCAUUAUGUGAAUAG